GGCCCCGGCCAGUGCGCAGCCCUCCCGGCGCCGGCGAGCUGGGUCUCGGGGAUUCCGGCUUGCUUUGGCUCCCUCGCUCUUGCGGGCGACCGGAUCUCACGUGCUUCUGUGCGCCCCGCUUCCACUCCAUGCGCCCCGCUCUGCGCCAGCAACAGGACAUGUUCUCCGGAUGUCAGCUGAGUGGCUGAGGUAACUGCAUGUCAGUAGACGCACCUUGGUAGACGCUCGCGGCUCCUGGAGACACCCAUCCCUCCUCAUUGUUUGUUUCUUUUUUUGGUGUGUGUGUGUCCUCACUGAACAUUCAAAACUGUUUCUCCAAAGGGUUUUGCAAAAACUCAGACUGUUUUCCAAAGCAGAAGCCCUGGAGUCCUCAGCAGAAGCUAUGGGCAGUGUGCGAACAAACCGCUACAGCAUUGUCUCUUCAGAGGAAGACGGCAUGAAGCUGGCCACCAUGGCAGUCGCAAAUGGCUUUGGGAACGGGAAGAGCAAGGUCCACACCCGACAGCAGUGCAGGAGCCGCUUUGUGAAGAAAGACGGCCACUGUAACGUUCAGUUCAUCAACGUGGGUGAGAAGGGACAGCGGUACCUUGCAGACAUCUUUACCACGUGUGUGGACAUUCGCUGGCGGUGGAUGCUGGUGAUCUUCUGCCUGGCUUUUGUCCUCUCGUGGCUGUUUUUUGGCUGUGUGUUUUGGUUGAUAGCUCUGCUCCAUGGGGAUCUGGAUGCGGCCAGAGAGGGCAAAGCUUGUGUGUCUGAGGUCAACAGCUUCACCGCAGCCUUUCUGUUCUCCAUCGAGACCCAGACAACUAUAGGCUACGGCUUCAGGUGUGUCACGGACGAGUGUCCCAUCGCCGUGUUCAUGGUGGUCUUCCAGUCCAUCGUGGGCUGCAUCAUCGAUGCCUUCAUCAUUGGCGCAGUCAUGGCGAAGAUGGCGAAGCCGAAGAAGAGAAACGAAACUCUCGUCUUCAGUCACAACGCCGUGAUCGCCAUGAGGGACGGCAAGCUGUGUCUGAUGUGGCGUGUGGGCAACCUUCGCAAAAGCCACUUGGUGGAGGCUCACGUGCGCGCACAGCUCCUCAAAUCCAGAGUCACUUCGGAGGGGGAGUACAUCCCCCUGGAUCAGAUAGACAUCAACGUGGGCUUCGACAGUGGAAUCGACCGCAUAUUUCUGGUGUCUCCCAUCACCAUAGUCCACGAAAUAGACGAAGACAGUCCUUUAUAUGAUUUGAGCAAACAGGACAUUGACAAUGCAGACUUUGAAAUUGUGGUCAUACUGGAAGGCAUGGUGGAAGCCACUGCGAUGACGACACAGUGCCGCAGCUCUUACCUAGCCAAUGAAAUCCUUUGGGGCCACCGCUAUGAGCCUGUACUCUUCGAAGAGAAGCACUACUACAAAGUGGACUAUUCGCGCUUCCACAAAACCUAUGAAGUCCCCAACACGCCCCUUUGCAGUGCCAGAGACUUAGCAGAAAAGAAAUACAUCCUCUCCAAUGCAAAUUCAUUUUGCUAUGAAAAUGAGGUUGCCCUCACGAGCAAAGAGGACGAGGACAGUGACAACGGAGUUCCAGAAAGCACCAGUACGGACACACCCCCUGACAUAGACCUUCACAACCAGGCAAGUGUACCUCUAGAGCCCAGGCCCUUGCGGAGAGAAUCGGAGAUAUGACUGACGGAUUCCUUCUCGGGAAUAUUUACUUUACAACACGGUCUGUUGGUCAGAGGCCCGAAAACAGGUAUACAGACGACGGUACUGGUCAAGAGGGGGUCGAGUGCGAGCGGCCGCAAGGGACUGAGGCAAGCACAAUGGUUUCAAAGAAAGACUGUGAGCUUGGCGGUCAACGUAGAGCACUCAACAUGCCUCCGCGUGAGCCAACGGCACAUAUUUGUUGUAGAAUAAGUUAUGGGUUUUUAUGUUUCGUUUUGUGUUUUUACCAAACUUGAACUUGCAGGCAAGCCUUGGUUGGGUAUUUGACUUAUCCAGAAUGCUUCUCUUUGGGGAACAGGAUGUUUUUAAUGGCAUAACAAAGGCAAGACUCUGCCUUAAUUUUUGAAAAGCUGCUAACUACAUGAACACAAAUUGUAUUUUUGUUGCAGUGUAGUUUUUCUUUUGUGUAAUUUUCCAGUCAGUGUUGAACUUUGUUGAAAACUCAUGAUGCACUUCAGAGUGGCAAGUAUUUGGCUAUUAACUGCCAAAACAAGAG